CUUCGCAUUCACUUCGUCCGACAAACGACGAACCUGAUCUAAUUUCGUUUCUGGGAACGAUUCCAGAUUGCUUUAUAACUUCGCCCGUCUCGUCUUAAAGCCCCUGCUCGGAGCUUCGACAUGGGCCAGUAUGAUCAAUCCCUAGGAGCUUUAUUAAUUGGAUCAUGGUUCAAUGCCAUGCUCUACAUGCUCGAGUUAUGGCAUGGAUACGUAUUCUUUUCCACUUUCCGUGGUGACACCAUCAUCGUCAAGUGCAUGGUCUGUAUCAGUCUCCUGGUUGAUACACUCGGUACAGCCAACGACUGUGCUUGUAUAUAUCUGUACACAAUCACACACUGGGGUGACAAGGACUACAUCCUAGCACAGAACUGGGCCGUUCCUACCUAUGUCAUAUUAUCAGGAAUAUCCGCCUGUAAUGUGCAGCUGUUCCUCAGCUACAGAUUUUGGACCUUAGCAAAGAAUUUACUUGUAACCGUUGUGCUCAUUACGUUUAGCUUUGCGUCGCUCGGUGGUGCUAUAGCGAACGGGAUCACGGUUGUACGCCAUAGUGACUAUGCGCAACGCAACUUCAACAUCAAGACGGUCACAAUAUGGCUUGUGGCCAGUGCCGUCGCCGACGUUUCAAUAGCAUCUUCUCUCAUCUUCCAGCUCCAAUCAACUAAACCGGUCUUCAAAGAAACCAAGGCUUUGAUUCGUCGUCUAACGGUUAUGGCAAUACAGACAGGGUCUGUUACAACAGUGCUUGCUACUCUGUGUCUAAUUCUUUACCUUGUAAACACCGAGAGUAACGUCACUGUCGGCUUUGGAUUCUGUUUGGGACGCGUGUACGCUCUGACCAUGUUGUUCAACCUAAAUACUAGGGUAAAAGGUCGCCGGCAUACAGAAGAGACCAUCUAUCCCCAGGAUAGCGGCAGCGUAGGAUUUAGACUAAGAAGUAUGAACAGUUCGGAUCUCGGAGGGAUAAGCGUACAUCGAACGGCUAUCGUGCGUAUAGAUGGGUCAGAAGAGUAUGGAAGAGCAGGAAUGUUCCUGACGUUGGGCGUAAGAAGUCGGAUUCGAAUGGCAAGAGUGGCGCCCCGGUGUGAUGGAGACACCGUUCGCUACGCCCUUUAUACGAUGUUGGUUGGGGACCAUGAUCCCGCGAGCCAUCUAAGCACCAUCGAGGUAAAAGGCCUUGAUCCAAGUGCAUAUGGUAUGUAUGUGCCUUUCCGUGAGUUGUCCGUGAGCAAGGAAUGGCUCAUCAUGCAUCAUUCUUGA